AUGGCGACUCCAGAGUUGGUCAUAGCAAAGGCCACACUCUCCGCCACGCUCUUCCGCGCCGACCCAACCUCCCUGAGCCGUCCCGUAGUCGACGCCUUCUUCCCGCUGCUCACCAACGCCCUCUCCCAGUGCUCGCGCCCCAACGUCCAGAAAUGCAAAGUUUGGAUCGUCGACAACGUUGCGCCCUCGCCGGCGCGCAUCGCUGCCCUGGCUAAAUACCUAGGCAUCCUCUCAAAGAGUCUGCAGGAUGACGCCUCGCGUCCUAGUCUCAAGCGGAAGAGACUGCACCUCUUGUAUGUCCUAAACGACGUGUUUUACCAUGUCAUCAAGAGAAAAGGCGAUGGCAAGUUUGCGACAUUGUGGGAUGGCGUCCUUCCCGGUCUUGUCGCAAGCGCCGCAGCCUUUGACAACUGCCCCAAACACAAGGCGAAGCUCGAAAACCUUAUUCGACUGUGGGAAGAGAAGAAAUAUUUCGGCGCCGACAUCGUCUCGAAACUCAAGGAUGCGCUCGCAAGCGGCGUAGCAUCUCAACCGACCGAAACCCCCCAAAUCUCCAAUGCGCCCAUCAAACUCGCCAAAGACGCGCCUUACACCCUACCCUCCCUGCACGGCGACCCUUCGACGCCGUGGUACGACCUGCCCGCGACGACAUGGCUCCCACAUUUGACUCCCAACUCAACCAAGCCCAUGAUCCCAGACCUCAUUCGACCCAUUCAGCUAGCUCCUGGUCCUGCAGACAAGGUGUUGGUAGACGCGGUGCAAGGCUUGCUGGGUGAGGUUGAGCGCAUGUUCUCUAGGGAACAAAAACUGAACGAUGAGCCCGGUGUGGACUUGAAUGAGCUGGGAGAACGGGUUCUCUUGGAUGAAAUCACGGGUGAAAUCAUUGGUGGAGAGACAUACUACGGCUGGUCUCAGGCCGCUCGCGCUCCAGAUCAAGCAGCUACUCUCGAGGGCGUUCGCGAAGCUCAUCACGCCACGCGUACAAACGUCGACGACUCUCACGAGACUCGAGAGGCCAUAGUCUCUCCCGCAGCCGGAGUCCGAGUCAACACAGGGGAAGCAGAUCACACAGCCGAGGUCGCGAUGGAAGUAGAAGUCGACGUCGCAGUCCCAGCUACACCCCUAGCAGGAGUCCAAACCCCGGUAGACGGCACGACCGUUCCAGGGGACAUCGCUCGCACAGCAGAUCUCGGUCUCCCGAACGCUCACCUCGCCGUCAUGACCGGGAGUUUCAUGACCGUUCAAAUCGCCCUCCUCCGCCUCCGCCACAACAACUCCCGCCGAACUUUCCUCCAAUUCCUCCACCGGGAGAUUUCCCCGUUCCCCCGCCUCCCCCGGCUGGAUAUCAAGGCCCCUGGCCACCGCCACCGCCUCCUCCGCAUCUGA